AUGGCAACAACCGAAAUAGCACCUUUCAAAAACUGGGAGCAAAUAUAUCAACAGCUGUAUCUUCGGGAACAAAAUUGGACCCAUGGUCGAGCACAAUCUGUAAAAAUAUUGUACGGUCACAAGGAACGAAUAAACGACGCAAAAUUAAAGGAGAAUAUCUUGGUGACAGGAUCCACGGAUCGUACAGUUCGUGUUUGGGAUUUGGACAAGGGAAAAUGUUUGCGUGUGUUCAAAGGGAAUACGUUUAGUAGUGUGGAUUUCUUGGUUAAAGAGAAAAUUGUGGUGGCAUCUACCUUUUUUAGGGCUUCUUUUGUUUGGGAUAUGGAAUCCGGAGAAUUGCUACAAGAGUUAACUGGUCAUGUUAGUGCUGUUCGUGUUAUUUCGUUAAACGAGACAUACGUGGCAUCGUGUGCUUUUGAUGGUAGCAUAAUCAUUUGGAUAUGGAGAACAGGAGAAAAAGUUGCUAGUAUAUGUACUAAUGCACAAGACUUUAGAUUCCUCGACAACACGAUAGUAGCAUUAAGCAACAAUAAUGAUAAAGAACUAAAAGUGUACAGUCUACCAAAGGGAACCUUCUUAUUUUCUAUACCGUUCGACGAAGGUCUCUUUGGCUGGGCAUACUUUAAAAACGUGAUCUCGAAACAACAACAGAAUCAAGAAAUGCUUACCCUGGAAAUGCUCGAAGAAUAUAUAACACUACCAGCAAACAUUUCGAAAUUAAAAUCUCAAUCACCGUCCUCAUCAUCAUGGUCAAAUUCAUCCGCAUCAACUGCUCGUGCGAUCGCCUGUGACAUCAGGAAAGGACGAGUAGUGCGUGGUUUCCGGGAUCGCGAUGAAGAAAGUUUGUAUACGAACAGUGGCACUGGUGCCUCGAUAAUCUUGGAUCUACAGCUCUUUGAUAAUGUUGGGCAAUCGUCAAUGGUUCAUAGUAGACUUGCGGAACUUGCUAAACUGCGUAUACAGUCGUACACUACAGUUGACAUGGAUUAUCGUCGGAUUGUAGUCGGGUGUGCUAAUGGCUUGAUUGGGAUUUUAGGAUUCGAUGAUUACUAUAUCCUUGACACCGACACUAGUUAUAACACCACCGCAUCGACUGUCUGA